AUGUUUGUCGUUCCCAAUACGGAUAUUUUGAAGUGCCCCAUUACCUGUGAAUUAUUUCGUGAACCAGUUACUGGUCAAGAUGGUCAUACAUAUGAACGAAAUGCCAUUAUAACAUGGCUUAAAAAAAAUGGUACAAGUCCAAUCACACGUGAACCAAUGACUAUCGAUUCAUUACGAUCAAAUCAUACUGUUAAACAAUUAAUUGAUGAAUUCAAAUCAUCAUCAUCACAAAAACAUUUUUUAUUCAAAUACGGUACCGAUAUUAGAAAAGCAGAAAAACGAGCUAUCUUUCAAGCACCUGGUAAAAGUAUUUAUCGAGCCGAAUGGAUAUCAAAACAUGGUCCUGCUAUUGUUCUACUUAAAAUCGACGGAGCUAAAGCAAGUCGAGAAGCAUCAUAUUAUGUUCAACUUGGUUGUCAUCCUCAUAUUGUACAUACAUAUGGUAUGGCUGAAAAUGAUACUAAUUCUCUUAUGCUUGUACAAGAAUAUGCAACUGAAGGUGACCUUGCAGAACUUUUAAAAGAAAAUGAAUUUCGACCAUCACAAUCAGUUUUAUUAGAAAUAUUUUUACAAAUUAUUGAUGCAAUGGCUUAUCUUGCCGAGUAUGGUAUUGUACAUGGUGACUUGGCUUGUCGCAAUGUUCUUGUUUUUCGAUUCAAUGAUGCCGAUCCUCAACAGAACUUAGUCAAAUUGACAGAUUUUGGUUUAACACGUGCCAGUACAUUGUAUUCUGUUGUUGGUAGUACAGCAGCAACAACACUGGCAGUCGUUCCUUUGAGAUAUGCAGCACCUGAAAUUCUUCAAAGUGCAGGUCUUUCAAAUUAUUCGGAAAAAUCAGAUGUAUAUUCAAUGGCCAUUUUGAUGUGGGAAGCUUGUUCACAAGGACAAUUACCUUAUGCAUCAAUUGAAGAUGAUAAUGAAGUUCAUCGACGCAAACUCAAAGGAGAAAUCUUAAGUCAACCUGAGAAUUGUGAUGAAGCAUUAUGGAAUAUAAUUGUUCGUUGUUGGCAUCAAAAAUCAGAAGAUCGUCCAACAUUUAAAGCGCUGAAACAAUCAUUGUUGGAAUCACAAGUACGAUCCGCAGCUAGGUAUACUUUCUGA